GGUGUCUUAAUUUUUUAUUGGAAACAUAGGUUUUUAAAGUUUUUGGUAUUGAAUGGGACGGUUUUCGUUUAUUAGUUUAUUGCAGUAUCCGAGUAAAAGUCGAAGACAGUGCAAACAGUGCCAAAACCACCAUGGAAAUUGAAGACGUUAUAGAAUUGGGGUCUUCAGAUGAAGAACCCGGGCCGCCUCCUCCUAAAAAGAUGAACGUAAGAAAUGCAAUGGUUCACAUUCCUGCAAACCUCCCUGGAGUGACAAUCAAACCUGUCAAAACAGUAGCGCAACUACCAAAACUGGGGAAAAAUAUAACCAUCACCAAAACAAGUAGCAGUACAGUUGAGAAAUCCAUAAUCCAAAAUCAAAAGCUUGCUGCCGUUAAAAAGAAAGCAGUGGGAAAAAAAGUGGCCCAACCACCCCCAUCCAAGGGAAAAAUAUUUAACCCACUUAGUCUACCAGCAAAUGCUGCCAUCACAAAGUUAAAAACUCCGAUACAGAUAAGGAAACCUCAGCAGAAUAGACCACAACCUCUACAAAGAUUACCACCCAGCAUCACAAUUAAGAAAACAGGGUCAGCAGCAAAGCCUUCCCCAAAUAUGAUUAUGCUUCCCAAAUCUGUACUGUCAAAAACAGUUCCAUCAAAAGCUAUUAAUCCAAAAACUAUGCCAAAAAACCGGACAAACCUAAGUAAAAAGAGAAAACUAGAGGUGGUGCAAACAGUUGAACUUGAUGAUGAUGAUGCUUCUACAUCAUCUAAAAGCCCUCAGUGGUAUGUGAGACCAGAAGAACAAAUUGAGAUAUCUAUUCAAGAAGAUAAAAUUGUACUUCAAGAAGAGGCGGCACCUACUCAAGAGGAUACAAAUAAUAAAGAGCCAGAGGUUCCUAAGUAUAUUGAAAUCACAAUAGAAGAUAGUCCUGUUAAACCAGUAAAAUCAAAGCGAACACGGGAACUAAGCACUGAAAAAGUAAUUAUGAUUGACGACAGCCCCAACAAGGGUAGCGUCGUUGGCGAAGAUGUUGCUGAAGGCAGUGACAAUGAAGCAGACACUGCAAAAAAGGUCCCACAUAGUAAAAAGAAACUAGAUUACCCGAGUGAACUUGAAACCAUUGCAGAAAUGCGUACACUUGAAAUUGAAAUUGAACCAAUGGAUCCAGGCAGUCCUCUCCGUCCGCAUACAAAUUCAAAGGACAGUGAAAAAUCAAAUACGAAAGUAAAUAAAGAAAGUAAAAUAAUUUCUUUAACACCAGAAAUUAUGGAAACAGAAAAAACAUCAGUUGAGAUAGCACAAAACAAGCAGGGUACAGUGUCAGUCAAACAAAUCAAACCUGUACAGCUAAAACAGAACACUCAAGUAGCUCCGAAAAAAGAUGUUGGAUUACCAAGUGAAUUUCAUCCUAUUUAUCAAAACUUCAUCAGCUUAUGUAUCCAAUUAGAAAACUCCAAUGAUAUGGAAAAGAUAAUUGAAAAAAAGAUUAAGCCUUAUUAUAAGCAGGCACCAAAGGAAUAUACAGAAUCAGAAGAAUUUCUUGAUAUGGUAUCUAGUAAAAUAACAGCUAUGGAGGCUGCCCCUGAAAAAAUGUAUUUGUAUAUCAAAGACAUUGUAGAUGAAUUGAAUUUACAACGAAAGUAUAUGAAACAACUGCCAGCAGAAGAACCCAAGUCGAAAGAUGUAGACAAAGACAGCUUUAUAUAUGGUAAAGAAAAUGAAUUGGAUCCUAACAAGCAGAGGCAGAUUCGGAAAUUAGAAAAGACACUUAAGAAACUAAACCGAGCCAUUCAGAAACUUGAAGCCCAAGAAGUAGACUUUGAUGAUGAAGAAGACUCAGUUUAUUUACUUACUGAAAAGUAUAAAGAAAGAAUGGUAAGAGUGCAUGCCAAGUUUUGUCAACUGACCAACACUAAGCUGCCUUCACAACCCCGGAUUGUGAUAGACCCCCGGCCGGGACUCUCGGCCGCGCCUGCGAAGCGCCUGGAGGCGUGGAUCAACAAAAAGAAUACCGUAACAUUCCCCGACUUUCACGACGUCUUGCGCUGUGUCAGGGAGGCCAAUGAGAUUGAUAAACUUGGCUGGAGUGAGGCGUUCAUAAUGGAAGAAGCUAGAGAUCUCUUUGUGCGGUGCGGUAGAAAGCUCCAGAGACGCAGACAAGAAAAUGAAUGGCGCUUGGCUACCUCUAGAAUUACAGCUAACAUCGAUCCUGCCGAGCAAAGUGAUGAACUUAAGAAGCAAUUGGAAUCUAAUCGCCGUCUGGCAAACACGAAGGAAACCGAAGUAUUUGAUAAAUUUUGCGUCAGACAAAGUCAGUUAAAACUGGAGGCUGAAGAGAUAGAUGAUAAAGACGCCGAAGAAUCUCCGAUCGAGAGUGAGGAGGAAGAUAACGAUGACGAUUCCUCUCUAGAAAGCAAACAGAGACGAAAAGACAGGCUAAGAAGGCUGCUACAAGAACAAUCCAAAAAGAACAUUCCUAAUAAAGUUCAAUCUGAGGAUAAUACAAAAAAAGACGAAGAAUGCGUCGUAGAGUCUGUUGAGAAAAAAGGAGAACCUGAAAGCAAAUCUGAGGUAGUCAAUGAAGACGACAAAAUAAGCUUGAGUGAUGAUAGUAACGAAAUUGGUUCAGACAUGGAUGAACUACACUUGUUACAGAAAUUACAUUCUGACUGUGAGAUACGCACCGUCUCUUCGUCAUCUGAUUCAGAAACACCUAUAGCUAUUUCGGAUACUUUGGACUCAAGCUCUGACAAUGAACGACCAACACAACAGCAGCCCACUGACGUAAUAAGUAUAGAAAAUUCAAGUUAUUCUGAUGAUUCUGAUGCUGACAAAAAUGAUGCCUUAAAAGUGAAUAAAAAGUACACAGUGGCGAGUGGAGAUUUAAUGGAGGAAAGUAAAGAAAUUGAGUGUUCCUCUUUAAGUGUUGUCAAAAAUACUCAUCUCACGGAUGCUGCCAUAGAACAUACGGUCCUUGCGUUAUCUGAUGAUGGAAGCAAUCUUGAUGACAAUACCAAUUCCGGAAAGAGCGAUAACUCGUCAAAAGUGUCGCUAAAGGAAGGGCAAAUGUUUGACAAGGAUUAUGACCAAAGUAUUACGUCAGAAAGCGCUGAACACAGUAUUAAUGAUGUUGCAAAACCAAGCGAUGCUGAAGAUGAACAAAGCACGAAUUCGGAUACAGUUGAGAAUCCUGGAUCAUCUGCUUCAUCUGGGCAAUAUGAAGAACUUCUCAAGGAACAUAAUGCUGAUCCCCUUCUGAAACGGCCAGAUUUAAUUCCGCGAGAUCCUUCCGAUGAACUGUUUGAUAGUAUGGUAAUUAAACAUUACAAUGAUCCUCUUGUUAAGAAACAUCUCAAGGGCUCUGAUUCAUCUAAUGGUGAUGAUCCCGAAAAUUCAAACUCCGAUACUCAAUCCACAAAUGCUACUGUAACAGCAGAAGAGGCCAAGAAGGAUUUGAUAGAAACUUCAGUAGACACUGAAGAAUUCCUAAAUUUAAAUUCACCAUCAAUGCAAAUAGUUGAUAAAUUAAUUGAUAAAUUGAAACAGUCUGACGGAUCUCAAAGUAGUGAUGAAAUUCUAAUGAAAAUUGAUCAAGAGAUUGGUUUGAAUGCCGAAGCUAUGUCCCCAGUAACAUUAGAGCUGGAAAAAGCGGUCGGUCUAGCCAGACAAACCAAAGCGUGGCCAAGGUUUAAGGAUGAAUGUUCAUCCGUGAGCUCUGCCGAGGAUGAAAAUACAGGUGAUAAUUCUCAGUCAAUACCGCCAAAUACGAAUAAUUCCAAAAAUGAUGAUGGAAUUGAAAUCGCGCAAUGUGAAGCAAGGCCAGCUACAGAUACAAAAGAUUCUGAAGUUUGUGGGAAUGAAUCUACAAACUGCGCACGUACAACUGAAGUUAGUACGCAAAAUAUUAAUAUAUCUGCUGAAGUCAAUAGCGCGGGCGCUUCUUGUUCUGAGAGUGUAAACAAAUUUCCGGAUAGAAAGGAUGCACAUAAUGAGUUAGAUUCUGCUCUAAAAUCAAAUUGUACUAACAUCUGUAGUCCAGAGGUACCCGAAGGAUUUAAUAUCGCACAUAUUGAGCAAGCUAUUCAUGAAGAAUUAGUAGAAACUGUUGCCUGUACUUCCAAUACCGCAAAAUAUGCACCUGCUGAUUCUAACAUUGCAGAUAUUGAGAUGGCUUCUAUUGAAGAAAAUAUUGAAAGUUAUGAAUCUACUAAUGAAAUAUCUGAGGCAAUGGAGAUUGGGACAGAGUUUACAGAAGAAAAAGACAUUGAACAGGCAAAAGAAACAAAGUGUGAUGAACUUAUUAAUAAUGUAGCAUCCCCAGCAAAUGAAGACCUGCCAUCUAAAAAAAAUUGGGAGUUUGAUAACAUGUCUGAAUUUGUUAAUGCUAAUGUAGUCCCCGAAGAAAACUCAGGUGAAGCGGGAGACUCUGUGAUGAAGAUUUGGAAUUCUAACAAUGGACCUGAAAGUAGUAUUGGCAAUGGAAGUGAAGUGAAUGGAAAUUUAAAUAUUGCUAUGGAUAUUACAGACUUACUUGAUAGUGAUACUAGUUUAUGUCCAAAAAUUGGAGAUAAUUUAGACCUGGAUCAUUUGAAUGAGCUAGAGUCUGCAGAAAAAGGAGAGUGUGAGGAAAAAUCAGUCCCUAGAACGAUUUCUAGUGUGUGUUUGCAAAGUACUGAGAGUAAUAAUUAAAUCUGAUAAUUAUAAGUAUAGAUAUAAUAUACUAGUAUGAAUGCAUUUACUAAGUUCAGAGAUACAUAUGAUGCCAGGUUACUCUUAAGAAUGUUUUAUAUGAGUUAGCUUUUGAGUUAAACAUUAAGUGACAAUGUUUGUUAUAAUUAUGCAAUUUUCUGGUCAUCGAAUGAGUAUUAAGUCAUGCCGCCAGAUCCCCGUAUUUAAAAAAUAUGCAAAAAACAAGUCAUGUUAAAGCAACUGCUUUAACAUGACUUGUUAACAUAACUAUGGUAUUGCGGUUCGUGAUGUAACCGAGCAUAUCAGCAAUUCGGCUUAAAAUAAAUUAAAAAAUUAAAAAUCGUGCGAUGCCUUAUGUGUUUUUAUGUUUUAUAUAUAUAUAUAUAGUUGAGAAUAUUAUUAAAUUAUUUACGUUUAUUUGAAAACGUGGUGAGAAUACUUUUGUCGUCUGUUCACAAUACUUAUGUCAAUCCAAAUAAGAAACAGAACAAUCUUAAACUUGUAUAACAGGUGGUUAUAAUUAUUAAUUUUGAAUCAACAGACUGGCCUUCAACAAUCAACUCCAUUUAAAUAUGAUUUUAUUCUACACUGUAUUUAUAAUUAGAAAGAGUAAUCCGAGGUGAGCGGAUGUGUAUUUAUAUAAAUAUGUAUAUGAGAUUACCACGUUAUGGUAUAGAUCUAAUUGUUUUCAUGAGUUAACUACUCUUAUUUUACUCUCUCUAAUUCUGAAUAUAACUAGCUAAAAAUGUAUGGCCAUGGAAAAAUUAAAAAUACUUUAAAAGAUAAAUUUAAAUAUGAUUUUCCUAUGAUUUUUGAGCUCAAAUUACCUAUAGUUGGUCAAGCAAAUCUUGUCAGUAAAAAGCGGCGCGAAAUUCAAAUUUUCUAUGGGACGAUAUCCCUUCGCGCCUACAUUUUUCAAAUUUGUUGCCUUUUUCUACUGACAAGAUCUCCUUGACCAGCUAUAUUGAUUAGGUACCGUAUAUACUAUAUGAACAUAUUAAUUGUAGGUUCGUAUCAUAUUUGUACGUUACUUUGAAAUGCUAUGUUAUGUCUAAGACAUUAUUCCAAAAUUCUCAUUCAGUCAGUUCAGUCCCCAAAUGUGACAAUACAUUCAAAUAUGUAAGUACCUUCAAAAGUAAAAGGUUUUGUGUAACACAAAGUAAUCUCUCUAAAUUAUAAUAAUAUAUGCGAAUACGACGUUUUGCUAUCAUGUCGCAUAGCGAUGGGAUGUCCUAUAUACUGUAUAUUGUCUCGUACAGCAACUAUUGAUACAUACCAAGAAGUAGGCUUAUAACUACAAGUUCCUUAACCUUAAGAACCGAUGAGAUAUCAUAGAUAAGCAACGGAUAUGUUACGGAACUAAGUACAGGGUGGGCCAAAAGUACGUUGACAACGUUUUUUUCUAAUUAUUUUAUUAAGUACUUACAUAACUAGUACAAAGUAUAAAUUAAAACUACAGUUUUUAUGCAACAAUAAUUGUCUUCAAAAUAGGUCGUUUAUUAAAAUUUUCAACGAAAUGCAGCAGCUAUUUUGUCCCAUUCUUUGGUAAGUGUUGCUUUCAGAGCGUUUACGCUUUUGUGUUUAGUACCACAUGCCCUUGUCUUUAAAAUUGACCACAAACUAUAAUCCAUUGGAUUUAGAUCAGGCGAAUAUGGUGGCCACUCUUUUGAACUUAUGAAUCCGGAAAAAUUUGCAGUGGUCCAGUGGUGUAUAGAUAAUUCUGAUCUAAAUCCAAUGGAUUAUAGUUUGCGGCCAAUCUUAGAGACAAGGGCCUGUGCUACUAAACACAAAAGUGUAAACGCUCUAAAACCAUCAGUUACCUAAGAAUGGGACAAAAUAUCCUUGGAGGAGUAGUUUAAAUUUUUAACUUAGGUAAGUACCUUGUAUUAGUUACGUAAUUAACUUAAUAAAAUAAUUAGAAACGCCGUUGUCAAGGUAUUUUUGGGAGAACGUGUAUUAGCCGUCAAGAAUCAAAAGGGGUGACUGAAAAAUUAAUCAUUUCAACUAGGAAUAGAAUUGUUUUAAUGACUGUGCUGUUAAGGGGUGGCAAAAACGGCAAUAAUAAAAUGAAUGUCAGUAAAAUCAAAUUUUCAAGGAGGUGCCUUUGGAGUGAAAUUACUAUCUAUCAAAUAUUUUUAUACGUUUCGUGGACGGGGUAAUACCUGGAGUGUGAUGACCUGAUGACUUGAAGAUUGCUCCUAUGGUGUAUAGUCGAUGGCUAAAAAUGUCUGUAUAGCCGUGUGUGUGGAUAUGUUUCAUGUCACUAAUAUUGAUAGCGUUUAGGUAGAUAUACCUAUUAUAACAAAUGAUGUUGUGUGGUCAUGUGUAUAAUCAUAAACAUUCAUGAACCAUAGCCAAGUUAUAGUAUUUUUCAAAUAGCAUGGAUAUGGUGACACAGGUCAUCGCAAUAUAAUUAUGCCAGUAUUUGUGUUUUGUAAAUUGUAUUGAAAUGACAUUUGUACCCACCGUACCCAUGCCGUUUGAAAAAUAUGUAUAUAAUCUUCUCAAGAUGACUAGCUGGUUAUUUUAUAUGUACCUACUUUGUAUCACAUAAUAGUCUUUAUGGCUGAUGUAUCGAAGUUAAGACAAGAUGUCAGGCCGAUUUGUAGUACUUAUUAUAUAUUAUUUUAAUAUUCUUUCGCCCGAUCCGAUGUGAUGAAAUGAUGUCAUGAUAUUUACAACUAAGAUCUUAUGAAGAAGGGUUCCAUGUUUUUUUCAAAUAUUUCUUUUUCAUUAUGAAGGCGAAGUCAGUCCACCUAGCAAUUAAAUUGUUGAGAAAUUCUAUAUUCCCUACUUUUCAAAUAGAAACCAAGAAAGAAAUUUAUUAUUUAUCAUGUAUUAUGUUUGAGUUAUAUAGGGUAAUUCGCCAGUAACCGACCACUGUUAGUAAUUGACUACCAAAUGAAUUCUAUUCACCUAUAAACACUUAAACAGAAUUAAUUUUUGUAUAAGGUUUCAAUAACUGGCCAGCCUAUAAUAACUAGCCGCUUUAUAAAUGAAUUCUGUUUACAGGUGAAUAAAAUUCAUUUUUAGUUUAGGGCGGUCAGUUACUGAAACCGGCCAGUUACUGGCUAAUUACCCUACAUGUGUCUAAAAAAAUCCCCAAUUCUUAUUGAAUAUCGUGGACAGACUAGAAGUGGGACGUGAAUGGGGUGUGAUAACGAUGCAUUUUAUUGUUUUCAUGGCACAAAAUGUAAUCUCAUGAGUUUUGAAUUAGUACAGUCACCUGCAAUAACAUGUUAGUCUUCGAAGGCCACAAAAAUAUAUUCUCUAGCCGCCUAGAGACUCCAAAAGAUCUCCUGUUCCAUUCUAAUUUUAAUCUUUGCUUUAAUCAAGUUUGGAUAGGCGGCUAGAGGAUAAGCCACUCUCUUAUGGUUCUACAAAUAAGGACUACCCCACAUUUAGCGUCUUUCGAGCGUCGGCGUCUGGUCAGCGCUAUGGAAAAUGACGUCGCUGGGCAGUUGCGUCGACGUUGCGUCGAGCAGCGGCCAUAGAGUUGUAGACGCCGACGCUCGAAAGACGCUAAAUAUGGGGUAGCCCUAAGAUCGUGUCAGAUGUUUUUGCGGCCAUCGUUGUGUAGCAUUAUUGCAGGUGACUAUACCUGUAGCAAGAUAGAGUUUUACAGUUACUGUAAAAUUUGUUGAAAAAUACCAUACAUCGGACUGAACGUACUCGUAUUUCGCCAAGAUGAUCAAUGUAAAUUCUUACGUUAGGUCGCCUUCCAUGUUGGAUCGAGUUCACGAAUAUCUUUGUAAUCCAACGUUCCAUAAAUAUAUUUGCAAACACGAUCUUAUUGUCAGUGUCAUUGUCAGAUGUGUGUAAAUAUAGAGUUAGACCAUGAUAAGCCUGCAGCGAUUUUGAUAGCACACGCACACGCAGUGCAAGUAUUAUUUAUACGUCAUAAUUUCAUAGAAGUUUGACGUUUAAACACUUGUAAUGCGUGUCCUAUCAAAAUCGUAGCGAGGUGGUUCACAAGUUGCGACAUAUUUCAUGCUAAAGGGGGGGGGGGUUGCGUCAGGGGGAGGGGAUGGGACACUAGUGUGCGUAAAGCACCGGUAUCAUACUACAUUCAUGAAUGCUGGCUAUAAUUUGUUUGGCUUCCCCAUGCAUUGAUACAACUUGACCGAAUCAAGGUACCUCUGUAAAAACUAGGCCAAUGACAAUUAUUGUGAACUGUUACUUAUUAGUAGGUAUUGAUUGUAAGCCCUAUACGCUGUCAUCGAUUUAGUGAUGUACUGAUUUUUUAAAUUGUAAAAUACCUAAUACAUUAUAUGCUAAAUACAGUAGGAUACCAAUCUAAUAUUCGUUUAUCCAUGAUAAUUUUACGUGUAAGAAAUAAAUUGAUUUGCUAUGCG